UUUAAUGUGGGCGUGGCCGUCUGUAAGGUAUGUCCAGACAGAGCAGAGGUGGGAGGUAAUGAUUCGUGUUUGAGGAAGAUGGCGUCUGCAAAGAAGUCUGGGAGCGGUGUUCUUGAAAAAGCAGCAAACAGGAGGCGCUCUUCAAAGCACAAAGAAGUUCCAAUAGUGAUGGACACCAAGGCAGUUUUUACUGCCUUGUAUGACGUGUGUGAAGAAAAUGUCGCCUUUUUCUCUGGGGCCACAAAGGGCCAAGCCGGGGAUGCAGCUCAACGCCUGGUGGAUGCCAUGAGCACCAUCCAGGAACACGCCCGGAGCCUGGAGCCUGUCAUCUCUGGAUUCGCUGCCAUCUACCACCAUUUUGACUUUGACCCUCAUAUCCCCGCCAAUGGAUAUCGCUCCCUUGUUAAGGUGGUGCGCUGUUGCCUCCUCCACAUCAUCCACAAAGGGCGCUAUAUCUCAUCCAACAGGCGAAGCAUCUUUUUCCGUGCCAGCCACAAUGCGGCAGAGAUGGAAGCAUACUGUAGCGCUCUGUGUCAGCUCAGGGCGCUGCUCUAUCUAGCUCAGAGACUGCUUCAUGACAAUAGCCAUGGCAACCUCUUCUUCCAGGAGGAAAGUGGCCUCAGUCAGAGCUUCCUGAGAGAGUAUGCCUCCAUGCAUAAGGGUUGCUUCUAUGGCCGCUGUGUUGGAUUUCAGUUUACUCCUGCCAUCCGUCCAUGCCUGCAGUCAAUUGCUAUUAGCCUGGUUGCCUUUGGAGACAACUACAAGAAGCAUCAGUCAGGCAUAGGUGUAGCAGCAAGUUCUUUCCUCACCUCUGGGAAGUAUGCCAUUGACCCUGAACUGAGAGGUCAGGAGUAUGAACGCAUCACUCAGAACCUGGAUGUUCAUUUUUGGAAGACAUUCUGGAACGUUACAGAGACUGAAGUUUUAUCAGGUCUGAUGUCUAUGACAGCCACAACAGUGAAGGUGAAUCGAGCUCUUUCUGUGCCCCCUAUGCCCUUUGACCUGCCGUUGGUGGCGGAUCCCACCCACAUGGUGACCGUGUCUCCUCCAGCAGCUCAUACCGGCCCGGGCCCUGUGCUGAUGAGGUUGAUCUCAUAUGAGCUGAGAGAAGGACAGGACAGUGAGAAAUUACUAGCACUGUGUCGCUCAGAGGGGGGCCCGAUAUCUCUUUCUUUGGGCCUAAAGCCGAAGCGCAGUCCCCCUUCCCCAUGGCUGGUGUUGCACUUCCACGGAGGAGGCUUUGUGGCACAGACUUCCAAAUCACAUGAGCCAUAUCUAAGGAGCUGGUCUCAAGACCUGAAUGCCCCCAUCCUUUCAGUGGACUAUUCUCUGGCCCCUGAGGCCCCGUUUCCUCGGGCUUUAGAGGAAUGUUUCUACGCAUACUGCUGGGCCAUCAAGAAUCACAACCUGCUAGGUUGGACUGGUGAGCGUGUGUGUUUGGCCGGUGACAGCGCAGGAGGAAACCUGUGUGUGACUGUGUCGAUGCGGGCCGCUGCUCACGGCGUGCGCAUGCCGGAUGGCAUCGUCGCCGCGUACCCCGCCACCCUGCUCACCGUGUAUGCCUCGCCAUCCCGCCUGCUCACCCUCAUAGACCCUCUGUUACCCCUCAGUGUGCUCUCACGCUGCCUCAGUGCUUACGCAGGCACAGAUCCACAGGUGGAGAAGCAGGUGGAGAAGGUGAGCACUUUUAGCAUGGUGAGGAGAGAUACUGCCUUGCUGCUCCGAGACUUCAAACAGGGGGCAUCCAACUGGAUCCAUUCUCUGCUGGAUAAAGGGAGUGCAGACUCUGUGAGAAAAAGCGUUUCAGAAGUGUCUCUGACCUCUCCUCACGCAGACCCGCCGGUGUCCGCCAAGCCGUCUGAGUACUCCCAGGGGAAAGGGUCUCAGAGGAGCCAGACGUGUCAGGACUUGGGCACCCACGCUAACAGCAAAGUGCAGAAAAAUGACAGCCAGACUGCCAACCACCUUAUCACCACCACAACCAACCACAGCUCCAUCCUUGACAUCACGCUGACACCCGAGAGCAAGCCCGAGGAUGUGAGUUUCUUCCUUUGCAAAGAGGUGGAUCCCGCUGUGUCAGAAUCCUUUUCUACUGUGGCCAUUCCACCCCCUGGUGGUGAGGAGGACUCUGAGGAACCCCGGGAAUUUCCAGACGGCUUUGAGCCUCUGCGCUCAGAGCAAUUAGCAGAAAUGAACGUACAGAGUUCUCCAAUCGUCAGAAACCCCUACAUGUCCCCCCUUCUGGCUCCAGACAGCAUGCUAAAGGGACUACCUCCCAUACACAUAGUGGCCUGUCAUCUGGACCCCAUGCUAGACGACUCUGUGAUGUUUGCCAAAAGGCUCCGAAAUGUCGAUCAGCCAGUGACCCUGUGCGUCGUGGAUGACCUUCCUCAUGGCUUCCUCAGCCUGUCACAGCUCUCGAGGGAGACUCGAGAAGCUGCUAACGUAUGCAUGGAGCGAAUCAAGGAUGUCUUCACUAUGAAAGACCCUCCGCCAGAGAUGCGCAAACAUCGCAAAUUGGUACGGACCAAUCAGAUGCCCUCUGCUACCAAAAUAGACCACAUUCAACUUUCACAAGUGACCGUGCUGGAAGAAGAGGGGGUAUCUGUUGGGGGAGAGGCUUCUGUUGUGGAUGAGGAGGGACUUACUGGUUUUUACCCUCCCACUAAUUCUGAAUAUGAAAAGGUUCAAGCUUAGAUUUUGGACUGGUUUUUAAUCUGAAUGAUACCAAAAGAGAGAUACAUAGACCAGAGUAAGGUCAUAUUAUGUGAAUGAUUAUAGUGGAUAAGAGUAUAGAGAGAAAAAUAAAGCAAUUAACCAAUUAUUAAAUGAUAACUUAUAUGAGAAAAUUAAGUUUUAGAGAGGAAAAAGAUCAAAUUAAUACACCUCUAGCUUUAUUGUUCAAAUGUGAUGGCGUACACAUGCACUCCCUUUACAUCUAUUUUACCACUUUGCCUUUUGUUGCGUUAUACCAGCACAAAAACUAAUAUCCUGCCUUGUUCUACAAAAACAUCCCAGCACAUAACAUCAUUAUUACAAAUGGAUGUAUAAACCCAAACCUCACUCCUUAUAGCACUAAAUGUUCUUAUACAAUAAUGAAAUCUGUCUACAAACUGUGAUUCAAUAUUAUACCCGUGUGUUAGAAUUUAUACUCCGUAGAAUGCGUUGCUGCUAGGCAUCCUGGGGCUAACUGACGAAAGCAUUUAUUAAUGGUUGAAUUUUUUCUUUAUAGUAGCUUUUGAAAUAUUUAUGACACCGAAUUAUAAUAUGGUGUUACUGUGUAUGUUAAUCACCCUUUAUUAAUCUACCUGCCUCUUGGCACCUAGGGGACAUUUUGUGUGACUAGUGUUUGAAUGGGAUUUCUGAUGCUGCUUUGUCCUCAUAGAGUUCAAUGAUUAGUAAAUGCAAUUAAUCGUGAUCAAAUUUCCACAAGCGUUCUGUGGAAGGAAAGCUCAAGUUACACAAAACAGCACCGAAUUUGUGAUAUAGUGUUACUUGUGUUCUAUGGUGUCCAGUCUUGUUAUAGUCAAGAUAAUGGUCUAUUUUGCUACUUUCAUAUAUUAUCUUCAUAGUGGCAUGGAGAAUUGUGUUUAUUGUCUGUAAAUGUUUACUUAAAAUUGCUAGUGCACCCAAAAACAAAAAUUCUGUCAUCAUUUUCUUACGCUCAUGUUGCUUCAAACCUGAAUGGCUAUUUCUUGAAGAACGUUUCAGCUAUUUUUGCUCAAACAAUGAAAGCCACUGGGGUCUAAAACAAACCAACGUGGGACCCCAUUGAUUUUCAUUGUAUGAGCGAGAGAAAAAAAACACUGAGAAUUUUUUUUUUUUUGUUCCACAAAACAAUGAAAGUCAUACAGGUUUGGAACGAUAUAAGUAAAUAAUGCCAGAAUUUUCAUUAUUUGGAUGAAUUACAUCUCUAAGUCACAAGUGGCGUCGAAAUGGCAUAUUUGACUUGUUUGUUUAUUAUAAUCAUAUUAUAAUCACAUUAUUUAUCUGUUAGAUUAGAUUAUUUGUCAAAAAGACAAGAAUAUAUAUACUGGUUUGAAAACUGGACAAGAGCUUAGAGAGAAAAAACAUGGGCUGUUACCUCUACAUCACUGCCUUUCCCUCUUAGUCGGCAUGUCAGCGCAAGCUUCCAUUAUUUUUCCAUCUCCCUCGUUCCUUCAGUCAGUUUGUUUCCCUCUUGUUCACAGUCGUGUCGUCUCUCCCCGUGCAUGCUGACCCAUUUUGAGCACACUUUUCAAUUCUCACCCAGCCCGUCCUAGAGGUAUUUUAAGCAGACUCCCUUAACACCCAGCAACCUUGAGCCAAUGAAAUCUUUCAGCCUGCACAUGUGUGAUACAUACCGCUGUGAUAGCGUGUCUUUAUUUGAAUCAGGUCUCCUCUCUCUCUGGCACUAAUUGACUGUAUUGACUCUCUGAAACAACAUUUUGGCACUCGAUAAAAUGUAUUAGUGCUAUAUGGGAGGUUUGGACCUUUGUGUGCACAGCUCUGCUAUGUGACAGUGGCCUGACCUCCCGCAGUGUGUUUAUAUAGCGCGCAUAUCCUAUUUUAAAGUAUUGUCGACCUUAUUAUUGAAACAACAAUGGGUUAUAAUUCCACUUGCUGUCAUUUUAAGAGUUGCUGUGCUCAGCGGCACAGCACGACAUGUCUUUUGGGACUGUAUAUAUCCUCGGCAAAGGCCUGGUCUUUAUCGGUGUGUCUAUGAUUGGAUUAAGCCGGAGCUGAAGUCAGGCUUUAUCUGCUGAGAGAAAACAAUACUCCAUCUACUGCUGAUUGCAGCAUUUGAGAGUCAGUUUCUUAGAGUGUCACGAUAUAAAAAGAUUUGCUUGCUUGCUCUUUUCACCGUGUCAAAGCUGCUCCAUUCUGGUGAUGGAUUUGAAACCCCAAGUCUUGGUUACUCUGCAUUUUUUGUCAUGGUUCAUAUAUAAUACUUGUCUCGUCAAUUGUUUUUCUAGGUAUGUUUGUCAGCCCGUUUUGGUCAGCUUGGUUCUGUAUGUGUUCAGAAACUGUUUGUUUGUCGCACUUUGUGUUAUAGUUAUUUCAGCUCUGCAUGGAAAAGCUUCUCAAUGCCAUUGUGCUUCUUGAUUCUACAUUGUGUGUAGUCCCUUCAUGGAACCAUGACUAAAACAAUCAGAACUGGGAGAGGAACGAUAAGACACUCUGACGCCCUCUGGUUAUCCGUUCCAGUCGAGUUGUCUCUGUAGCCUUUUUUUUUUUUUUAGUUUGGUAGGACGAUGUAACCUUGAAUGCACUUGAGCAUUUCCACCUUGUUUUUUUGGGUUUUUUUUUUUUUUGUAUGUGUGUGUGUGACUCUCAAACUGCCUCCCUCGGAGAGAGAUUACUCAUUCAUCUCAAGGGUGUUAUAUAAAACACUAUGUUAAUUUAGUCCUCUGUUUAAACGACCAUACCUGCACUUAUUACUGAGGUGUAAGCAGCCAAAACCGUGCUGCAUCAUCUCCCAUCAGAGGCACAAGUUCACUGAGUCGUGUCAUUGCAUUUAACAUCUGUUCUCAAGAGUUAUAGUCAAUCUGUCACUGACUUAGGGUUUUAAUCGGUAGGUUGUUUCAUUGUCUCAGAAUGGAUUUGCUGCAAGUGGUUUUUGAGCUCCUGUCCUCUUGAAGUCCACCACCAGUGAUGUUGCUCACUUUAAGUGCAGGCUCUAAUGACCACUGCAGUAUCAUUUGCGAGGGUGCUGAUGUCUAUUCUCUCCUCAUUUUCACUGCCGUAACUGAGUGAUGAUAAAUCCAAUGAGUGAUAUAUUGAGUGAUACAAACUGCACUGUAUGUCCUAGGCAAACUUUCUCGCAUUCAGUCAGACCUGAUGUUUUCAGGACAAUCUCAGCUAAUAAGCACUUUAUAGUUCAUUGUAUAGCUGCAUCUGUGGUGGCAUGUGAGGGAGCUUUCAGGUGCCCUCACUGCCAUUCAGGAACUGAGAGUUAGCUUCUUUAUGAUUAUAUGAUUCUUUAUUUUUAAUAAUUAUAACUAUUAUUAAUAAUAAUAAUAAUAUUUAUAAUAAUAAUAUUUAUUAUUAUUAUUAUUAUUAUUAAUAUGAUUUUUCCUCAUGUAAAGACACCGUAAGUGCAAACCUGUGUAUUUGGAAUGUACUGUAUAUGCAUAGAUGACAUUUAUUGUAUAGACCAUAAUUAUACUCUUAAGUUGUCUUUUUUUGUUGUUAACAGAGUAUUUUGAGACUUGUGAGGACUGUAGGAAUGUUACAAUGAUAAAUGAGAGUAUUUUUCUGCAGUAUGUAUUUUCCCUGUGUUGAUUUAUAUUUGAAUAAAUAUUUUCUCUGCA